UCUACUAGAAGCUUUCCCUGAGUGGCCGACAGAUAGGCAGAGCCGGGGCUCUUGUCGUGUUUGUGUGAGUUGUUGUGUCUCUACAAUGACCACGUGUCGGCCGCUAAGUCAGAAACCACUGCGAGACCGUCCGAUUGGAAAGUGUUUUUAGUGACUGUUUAAACGCGUGGACAAAUAAAAAUGGAGGCCAUUCCUGACCAAUUUAUGGAAUUCCACCCUAUUCAUGGUACCAACGUCAGACUGGACCUCUCAGGAACCCAGGCCACCCGGGUGGAGAGCUUCGCCAAUGGGGUGUGCUUCAGCAAAAACCCUCUGCAGCCUGGAGAGAUUUUCCUCAUAGAGAUUGAGGAGAAGGAGCUGGGCUGGUGCGGCCACCUCCGUGUGGGCCUGACCGCCACGGAUCCCAUGAGCUUAGAGGUGGUACCUGAAUACUCCAUCCCAGACCUGACAGACCAGGGAGACAGCUGGGUCUUCGCCAUCACUCGCAACCACAACAAGGUCAUAGAGGAGGUCCAAGAGGCCGAAGAGGGAGGACUGGCUGGGGGUCGGAGGCUCGGCAGGGGGGAGGUUGAAGAUGCAGAUGGAGGUGAGGGAAAUGGAGGCGAAGGACGCAACAACAUGAAGACUUUCUUUACAGACUCUCACUUGUACAUUGAGAAUGUUCGGAUCCCCAGAGACAAGCUGGUCGGUCGGAGCCGGCCUGGACGCUUCAGCCACAUUUUGGACGACUUGUACAAGACGAACGCUCUACCUCCAACAGCCCGACGCAGCAGGAUAGGAGUAAUGUAUGUGCCUAAAGGCAGAAACCUGGCUGAUAUGCAUAUUGUCAUCAACGGUGAGGAUAUGGGAGCUUCUGCGAAGGGGAUCCCCACCAUCCAGCCUAUCUACGCAGUGGUGGACGUCUUUGCCGCUACUAAAUGUGUCCGCAUUGUCCAGGUGGAGUAUGGAUUCUCGUCCUUGCAGACGUUGUGUAGGAAGACCAUUCAGAAGCACAUCGUCCACAGGAUGGCCAUUGACUGGCUGGAGCUGCCAGAGGCACUCAAGCACUACUGCAAGUACGAAUGAAGGAUUAAGACCUAUGAUGGACAGAAAUAUCAUUUCUGGACUCACAGCUUCUACAGAGAAAAGCAUAUUUAUUUUUAACAUGAAAUUCCGUGUUUCAUUUACAGAAUAAAGCGUUUUGUUAAGGUG